GAAUUACCAUCUUUCAAUGAGUUCUUGGAUGAUUUGAACUUUAUCAUAGAUACAAGCAUAGAUAAAACAGGGGUUAUGUUAUCAAUGAGAAGGCUUGAGUACUUGAAAGAAAAAUUUGAAUCAUAUAUCUUGUUGAAUGAACAUCAAGAAACUCUCAAGACAAAACUCAAUCCUCAUCGAGAUUUUUACAACUGUCGAAAGAUUGACAACAAUAUUGGAUUAUCAAUGUGUAUGACCAAGAAACACUUACUUAAUGUGAUCAAUUUGAAGCUUCGUGAAGAGCCAGAUAGGAUCGUUUAUGAUGAUAAAAGAGGUAAUAGAUUCACAUUGGAGCAGUUAUUUCAACCAUAUUUUGAUUCAAACAAUUCAAGGAGGUUGAAUGUUGAUGAUUUAUUUGAGUUUGGAUUGAUUGAUAGGAAUUUUGGUAGUGUUGAUGAUAGCUCAGGUUUGAAUAUUGAUAAUGAUACUGAUUAUGAAGCAAUCAUCAAGAAUGAAAUUUUGUCAAGAAUCGAGCAUACUUUUUUAAGAAUUGAAAAUUCUAUUGGCGGUGAGUACCUAAGUACUAUUUUGAAACAAGUUCUUAGUGACUAUGAAAAAUCAAAGUACCAGUUUGGUGAGAUUGGUAUAAAUUUCAAUCUUUUAGAUACUUAUAGAGAAGGUCAAGGCAAAUGGGAAUCAUUAGCUGAUUGGAUCAUUGAUAAUAGAUUGGUGAGUUAUAAUGUGAAAUGGAUCAUUAGAAUUCCUCGAAAUUAUUCAAUUUUGAAAGAACAAGGACAAGUUUCAAGUUUCCAAGACUUCCUAAACCAAAUAUUUAAGCCAUUAUUUGAAGUUUCAAUCAAUCCAUUAAAGAACCCAAAAUUACAUUAUUUCUUGACCAAAAUCUCAGGGUUUGAUUUAUUAUCAGUGGAUAAAAGACAUCGUGAUGAGUCCUUAUUCGAUAUCCCUAAAUUACAAUCACCAAGAAAAUGGACAUCUGAUGAAAAUCCCCCAUACAGUUAUUAUUUGUACUACAUCUUCAAAAACUUCAGCAAACUGAACAAUUUUAGGAAAUCAAGAUCAAUGUGUACAUUCAAUUUAAGACCUCAUGUUGCAUCACUCUCAGAUCGUUCAGGAUUAGGAAUCAUUACAGAGUCAUUGUCAUCAUGUUUCCUCUUAUCCAAGAACAUCAUCAAUGGUGAAAAAUUGGCAAAUUAUCCAGUUUUGCAAUAUUUAUACUAUUUGAAGCAAAUUGGUAUAACAAUGUCACCUCUAUGUUGGAAUAAAACAUUACAAUUAUCAAAUGAUGAUGAUAAUCAUAUUGAAUCAAAUACGUUUGCUUAUGAAAAGAACCCAGCUAUUGAAUUUUUCCAAAUUGGGAUGAGAGUUUCUUUAAGCACAAAUAAACCAUUAUUUUCAAGUUUAACAAGAGAACCCUUGAUUGAAGAAUAUAGUGUUGCUGGAUCAAUGCAUAAACUGAGUGGUGUUGACUUGUGUGAAUUGUGUCGUAAUUCUGUUUUGAUUAGUGAAUUCAAUGGUGAUUUGAAAAGACAUUGGAUUGGU